GCUAUAUUACUCCUCCGCAACUCCAUCUUCGUAACAUUCAUACUUCUAGAAUCUCCCAAGGUUCUCGUUCCGCACUGUACAUAAUUAAAGUACCAAUCCACAAGAUGCCCCUCCCGGAGACCAUGCGUGCUGUCGUCUUCCACGGACCUUACAACGUGGCUGUUGAAGACCGACCCACCCCUAAACUGCAGACCCCUAAAGAUGUGAUCCUGAAAGUGUCCGCGUCAGCUCUCUGCGGCUCGGACCUGCAUUUCUAUCGUGGCCACCUCCAAUGCCCCCGCGGCUUCAUCUGCGGCCACGAAUUUGUCGGCACCAUCGCAGAAAAAGGCGAGGAGGUCUCUAACUUCGAGAUUGGGGAUGCGGUAGUGGUCCCCUUCUACGCGACCUGUCAGGAAUGCUACUAUUGCGUGCGAGGACAGGCCAGUCGCUGCAGCCAGGGCUUUCUCUUUGGCAAUUCGGCACCGGCCAACACCAUCGACGGCGGACAGGCUGAGUUCGUUCGUGUCCCCUUGGCCCCGACCACUCUGGUCCACAAACCCUCCGGGGUACCCGACCAUAUGCUCGUCCUGAUGGCCGACAUCUUCCCUACCGGCUAUUUCGCUGCCUCGCGAUUCCUGGCCAAUCUGGCUGAGCGCGACCGUAGGGAAUACACGGUCGCGGUGGUCGGGUGCGGGCCGGUGGGGUUGUGCACCAUCGUGAGUGCCCUCACCAUGGUCGACAAAGUCUACGCCAUCGACUCCGUCCCCGAGCGUCUGGCAGAAGCAGAACGACUCGGCGCUACUUCCAUCCCUCUAUCCUCCGACCCCGUGAGCAAACUCCGUGAAGCCACCGACGGCCGCGGGGCGGACGUGGUGAUCGAGGUGGUGGGCCACGCCGAUGCCUUCAUGAUGUGUUUUGAGAUGGUGCGACCGUGGGGUACGAUCCAUUCCAUCGGAGUGCACAGCGAGAUGCUCCCCUUGAACGGCCAGCGGUGCUACGGCAAGAAUGUCACCAUGGCGUUUGGACGUUGCCCCGUGCGGAGCAUCUUCGACGAGGCGCUGGCGGUGUUUCAGAAGGUGUACCCCAAGUUGGAGUUUUUGUGUGGAUAUCGCGUGCCUCUGGAGGAGGCGCCUCAGGCGUACAGGGAUUUUGAGGCGCGGAAAGCCCAUAAAAUUGUGUUUCGUCAUGGAGAGUGA